AUUGCGAAAAGAGAAACACACACUGACCACAACAGCAUCAGCAACAAGCAAGCAAGCAAGCAACAGACAAGCAAGGAAGAGAAGACAACAACAACAUCCUUCAGGCUCUCCGUUGACCACAACUUCGAAUCUCGUUCCCAGCCUCACCUCCCUCAUCUCCCCAACCGCAACAGUCAGAAAUGAGCUUCCUGGAUCAGCAUCUACCUAUUGUAUUCGAGUCUGACAACGUGUCGACUGGAUCCCACCGAUCCAUGAGCAUAUCUGACUCAGUGGACGGAGACAACUUGUCUUUGUCGGAACUGGCCUUCUGCAUGGAGAUCGACGGCUCCCUGGACCAUUUCGAUGCUCCCACCGACGACAGCUCGAUCGUGAAGGAGCUGGAUAUCGCAUUCGGAGAGAGCACGUCUGAUGUGCUGUACGGCUUCGGCAAGAGAAACAAGAAGAAGUCCAAGGGUGUCUUCGUGGAGGUUGGGCGCUGCGGAGAGGGAGCGAUGGACGUACCGGACAUCGGAGACUUUCUUGCCAUCGACGACGACUGGAAUAACGUCGGGGAAGACCAACGCAAGGAUCAGGAGGUGGACUUCUUCAGGAUAGAGAAGUACUUCUCCCUGGUACAGCCCGACAGCUGCGGAUGCUCGCCGCAUGCAAGUCGGAUGAAGGUGCAGCGGUGUCCGCUCAUGGCAUGAUGGAUGGAGUGAGACUUAUAGUUGUAGAUUAUUCUUUUCAAACACAAUGAGUGAAAUGUGAUCAAAGAUC